AGUGUUGGCCGGGACCCCUCUUCUUUGACAACAUUACCUGUUAUUCCAAUCUUAUGCCAUUUCACUGUACUAAGUGACUAACAAGAGAAUGUGCAAAUUCUGUAUUGCAAUGUACAAUCCCAGUUUGAAAUGGACUAUUGCAUAAUUACGGCGGCCCACAGGGGACAUGCUGCAAUUUUAAAAGUUGCUGCAAUUUUUGAUAAUUUCUUCAGCAAUUAUUAAAAAUUGCAGCAACUUUUAAAAUUGCAGCAGAAAUUAUCAAAAAUUGCAGCAACUUUUAAAAUUGCAGCAGAAAUUAUCAAAAAUUGUAGCAACUUUUAAAAUUGCAGCAUGUCCCCUGUGGGCCGCCGUACAUAAUUGAUAUCAGCACUCCCCUUUGGUUAAGGAAGUGAGCAAAGAUCAAUGGAAUUCUCUAGGGGGUAUGUUGUAAUAGUUUUGGAAAUCCUUGAGGAAUAGUCUUAAACAUUGGAGUUAUUCAGGGUAAACAAAGAAUUCAUGGAAUUUUAUUAGGAAAAAAAGUACUGUUCAAUAAGUUCCUCUGGGGAAAAUUCAUAUCUUAAGAAAGUCUCCCGGGUGAAUGCAGUCUAAUAGAAUUCCUCAGGAGUAAGAAGGAAGUUUAUUAUAUGUUGUCAACCGGGAGGAGGGUGUGGCUAUUAAAAUGUGAUAGCCCAAUUUUUUUCUGCCUUUGAAGGAGGACAAAGCACACACAAUGACCGCACACAACAGCAUGCAAGGACUGGACAAAGCAAACAUGAUGUGAUUUUAUUUAGUUGGAUAGUAAACCUUUUAUUCAAUGGUUUACAUUGUAAAAGCAUAAUGGACAUGGGUGUUUUGCUCAUUGCUUGCCUAUACAUGAAACCAUCCAACACAUGAUUGAUAGAAUUCACAUACAAAAGUUAUUCAAAAUAACUAAGAAUCACGAACAAUCAGUGCCACUAACAAAAGGAGGCAUACAACAAUCUGUUAGUAUGCCAAGUUGUGGUGGUUUCUUUAUGCAUUACCUUGUAUUAAUUUUGUUUUUUCUGGCUUGACUGUUCAUUAGCCACAGGCAUGUGACUCAUUGUUUGUGAUAAAUAAACAAUUUUUUUCCUCUGAAAGGAUUCAUUAAAGAGAAGAGAUUCUCCUAAGGCUUAAAAUUCACAUCCAAUUUCUUCCUUAGAUCCUUGGAAGUUAUAAAAAUUGGCAAUUUUUCCAUCUCGAAGUUUUUUUUUUUUUUUUUUUCGUAACAGCUGAGAAAAAAAGUUCUGUCUCUGCUGUUUAUUGAACUGAUCAAACCAGAGAAAGAAGCUUUCAAU